CGGGGGGCGCAGCUGCGGGGGGAAGCGGGAUGAGCGCUUCUGAGGAGGCGCUGGCCAAGAUGAUGGCGGCGGUACCGCAGAGCGAGCUGGAGAAGGGUCUGGCGGCGUACAACAGGCGGCGGGUUGAGCACAUGCGCAGCAAGCUGACGGAGGAGAUCAACUCCAUGAUUGAGGCCUUCGACGACGCCCACUCCGCCCUCAAGUCCGAGAAACUGGGUCUGGAGGCCGACGUCAAGGCGGGGGAGAUGCGACUGCUGGUCAUGCUCCAGGAGCUCCAGCUGCUACGUGAAUUCGACAAACGCGAGAGCGUGCUGCUGCAAAAGCGCCAGGCCAAACUGGAUGACAAGCAGGAGAUCGUGGACAAGAUCACGGAGUGUACGGAUAAGCUGGAGCAGAAACGCGUGGAGCUGGAGGGCCUUAUCGCGCGUCGUGCGGCGGUGGUUUCGGAGUUGGAUGCGGUGGUUCCGGAGAGCGAUCCCUUUCGGGAGGCGCUCGUGCGGGUGUUCCACCGGCGGAUCAAGCGCUCCAAGAAGAAGGCGGGCGGCGCGGAUGAUGACUACGACAGUGAUGAGGACGAUGAUGAGGACGAGAUGGGUGACGACGAGGCGGAUGACGACGACGACGGCGGCGAGGAGGUGUGCCCGCCCGGGUGCGACCAGUCGGUGUACGAGCGCGUGUGCGACCUGCGGGAGAAGCGGCUGGACGAGGAGGACAUGAUCGCGGAGUUCCAGAAGACAAUUGAGGUUCUGCGCAAGGAGAAGGAGGCGCUGGCCAAGAAGCAGCGGCUGGUGGAGCAGGGGCUGGCGGCCGUGAACGCCGACAUGGCGGAGUUCCAAAAGGAGAAACAGGGGCGGCUGAACCAGGUGGAGGUGGUGGUGUCGCUCAAGAUGCAUCAGGUGGAGUACCUGCUGGACGGCUGCCUGCCUGACGACCUGUCCGCCGCACUGGUGUUCAGCGCCACUCAGCUGCGGCGGCUGCAGCGACGGGUGGACGAGCUGGAAGACGAGAAGACGGCGCUGCGGGCCGCGCACAAGGACCUGAAGCGGGAGCACGCGGCGCUGCUGAAGGACAAGGCGGAGAAGGAGAAGAAGGUUUCGGAGCUGGAGGCGCGAGCCCAUGACGUGCAAAUGCUCAAGUUCGGUCAGGUGAUCGAUCUGGAGCUGCUGGACAAGGUCAGCAGCAGCCGGGGCACGGAGGACUUGAAGGAGGAGCUUAAGAAGCAGGAGCUGCAAUACGCGCGCGAGCUGGCCGAGUGGGACGCCAAGAUCGCGGCGCGCAUGGACGAGCUGGUGGUGCUGACGCGCGAGAACACGGCGUGUCUCAACGCGGUCAGCGAGCUGACGGCUGCGCAGCGCAAGCUGGAGAGCGGGCUGACGGCCACCCGCAAGGGGCUGUUCGCGGACCCAGUGCAGCAGCGCAAGGCCGAGGUGGAGGAGCGCGAUGCCCUUGUGCAGCUUGUUAACGCGCAAGCGCAGGAGAUCGACAGGCUGAAGUCUCAGUUGUUGGCACUGCGCAGGAAGGAUACCAGCAUGUAUGCGUGAUCCCUGUCGGAAUCUGGGUAAGGGCCGUUCGUGUCUAGGCGAGUAUUACUCACUUGGGCACGGUUGAGUACAUUAUAUAUGGGCCCAUAUGUAGCGCAUGUUGUGCCCUCUGUGAGAUGAAGGGGGUGCCUGGCACACGGUGUUUGGUGGGAGGUGGGAGGCCUUACUUCAGGUGGUAGUGUUCUACUUUUGUGUCGUAUCGGUGAUUCAUAGCCCGGCCUUGCUGCUGACAUGAUCAGCGGCGUGGGGAGAGUCGCGAGGAGCUUCACGAUGCUGUGCCGGCGGCGCGGCAGAACCAGCUGCACCGCGCAAAUCACCGCGUGGGUGGCUUAUGUAAACUGAUUAGCGA